CCUUCCAAAUGACACAUGAAACACAAACGCCCAAGGAGGCUGCGAUUAACAGUGAGCAAAAUCUCUGCCUUCCAGGUCAACCUGACGGCGACGCUGGGAACCUUUGACGUGGCGGCCGAGGUGGACGAGGUGACGAUCCAAGGCGAAGGGCAGGUGCACAUGUCCCUGUCGAGCCCUCGCCUCGACAACCUGAACCGGCAACUGCAGUUCGUCACCUACAGCAACACCAUCUUCAACCCCAACACGGCCGACACAGUGUUGUUUGAGACCGAUGGACAUCGGGCUGCAUUCACCAUCAAGAUUCGACAUCCCAUCAUUCCAAGGCUCUAUAAUGUUAAAAGCCAGUCAGGCUAUAACAUCAGUGGCUUGGUGACUAUAGCAACCAAAACAUUUCUGAGGUAUGACAAGCUGAGGGAGCUGAUCUCGAGCGUUAGGAAGUAUUACCCCAAUGUCACCAUUGUCAUUGCGGAUGACAGCGACAAACCACAAAAGAUUGAAGGAGACUUCAUUGAGCAGUACUUCAUGCCGUUUAAGAAGGGCUGGUUUGCUGGGCGGAACUUGGCAGUCUCCCAGGUCAGAACAAAGUAUCUGCUCUGGGUCGACGAUGACUUCAUCUUCGCUGCAGACACCAAGCUGGAGAAAAUGGUGGACAUUCUUGAGAAAACGACAUUGGAUAUAGUCGGAGGCUCAGUGCGAGAGGUGACAACAUACUCAGCCACGUUUCUCCACAAACUCAGUGUGCAAGCUGGCGGGAAGGAGGGAGACUGCCUUAGAAUUCGCCCGGGAUACUACCAUGCUGUGGAAGGCUUCCCUAACUGUGUCGUCACAGAUGCUGUCAUCAACUUCUUCCUUGCCCGAACGGAAAAGUUGCAGCAAGUUGGAUUUGAUCCACAUUUAACAAGACAGGGACAUUUGGAAUUCUUUGUGGACGGUUUGGGCCAACUCCAUGUUGGCUCCUGCAGUGAUGUCAUGAUCGAUCACGCCUCGAAAAUCACCAUGCCUUGGACAAAGAAAACUCAAAAUGAGAUACUUUACCAAAGAUUGCGUUACAUCCAGGCUUCGGAGACAGACAGCAACUUACAGAACAAACUUUUUUAUUUCAAAAACCGACUUAAAUGCAUCAGGAGCAGCUGAGGGGCUGCUGUUUAGACCGUUUUUAAAUGCAAAUAACUUGAGUGAUCAGGUCUGCAACAAUAGGUUUACCUCAGUUCUACUUAAGACCUGCACCUCAGAUUCUGAAAUCAGUCUUUCUUCAAAAAUCCUGGAACUCCUUGACUUUGCUUGAGAUCUCCAACAAACUGUUGCUUCGAGAUGGAUCUUGUCUUCCCUCCUGCUGUUUCCAAACUGGACCACGUCCUGCAACUUUAGGCCCUUGAUUUUGACUUCGCAGCUUAAAUCAACCGUAGUUGUCUGUUUAAAAGAAACAGAGAUUGCUGGAAAAGCUCAUCAGGUCUGGCAGUAUCUGUGAAGAGAAAUCAGAGUUUACGCUUCACGCUUAGCUCUGAUUUCUCUCUGCAGAUGCUGCCAGACCUGCCGAGCUUUUCCGGCACUUUCUAUUUCGGAUUUCCAGCAACCGCAGUUCUUUUGGUUUAUGCUUAUGUAAUUAUCUGUUGCACUGUGAUUGCAAUCAUGCUGUAUUCCUUUCUAGUUCUGUAAUGAGGUGCUUUUUUAAAUUAUGAAUAGUAAAUUGAAAGAAAUUUCAGCAA